AUGAAGUCUCUCCACCUUGUUGCUGGCCUGUCCAUUGUGGCGCAGGUACUUGCCAAGCAAGCCCCGACACUCGAGGUAGUUGCGAGGCAGAUGUGUAGCUGGGAGGGCCACUGCAGAGGUGACCCCUGCCGUACCGAAAACGACUGCGACGGUUACAUGACAUGCGCCGCCGGCCGGUGCGCGAGCACAUCGGCCGGUGGGGGACCACCCGCCACCCGGUCGACACGCCCACCGAUAUUCACGAUCCCGACAGAACCAACGACCUCCGCCAGACUGUCUAGUGGGCCAUCUCGAUCGACUUCAACCAGGCCGCCGGGUAUAGUCCCUGGUCGACCAACGUCGACACAACCCUCCACUUGCGAGUGGACUGGCCAUUGCAUCGGCGACGCAUGCAAGACCGAGAACGACUGCGACGCCGACUUCAUAUGCCGGGCAGGGCGAUGCGCCAGCCCGGAUGAAGAGGCCCCGACGCAGGGUUUCCCGCUGCCCACCCGGACCACGACGAUCCCGGUGCCGGUCCCCUCGGAUGACUGUGAAUGGACUGAUCACUGUCUUGGCGACCCCUGCGCUGCCCACGAGGACUGUGACGGCGAUCUUGCCUGCGUCGAUGAGCACGCAGCCACCGUCCGCCGGAUCCCCCUGUGCAGCUGGUAG